AUGAAAAUAGAUUAAGAGAUGAACCAUCCAACUUAUUAUCCAAAGGUUUAACAUACACUUUAUUAAGCUACAUUUGAUAAUAAUGUAACUGACCAUCCAUCUAUUGCUGUGUCACUUGUAGAUAAACAAAUCAUUAAAGCAAUGUAAUAAUAAAAUAGAUUAAGUAGAGUAUGUUCAGCAUUUGCAACCAAUAUUAAAAGAAUACCCAUAAGUGAAAGAAAUGGAACUAUAUAAGUUUUUCGCUUGCCGAAUUUUUCAAUAAAAUAAUAAUCUUAGAUUGGUGACCAUACAAAUUUGAAAGCCCAAGGUAUUGUACAUAAUGUGAAUAUCCCAAUAUCUUUCUCAUGUGCAUAUAACACUUAGAUUGCUCCUCCAGGCAAACCUACAAUUAAUCCUUAUAUAAAAUAGAGAGUUGUUAAUAUUACUUAUCCUAUUUACAUAGAAACUAAAUAAUUAAAAGGAGGAUUAUUUUUUUUCGCAAUUCAAUGAAGUGUCAAUAUCAUGAAGGAUAAGUUAAGACCCACAUCUGUCUAAAAGGGUUAUGCAAGCAUGCUGUACUAUGUCCAAUUUGUAUUGCCAAAGAUCAUUAAAAUCAUAUGACGAUAGAGCUUUUAUAAUUUAAAAGAUCUGUUGCUAACUUGAUUUUAUAACAUGACAAUCCAGAACCUUUAGAUAAUAUAAGUGAAUUGACACUUUAAAUUGCAUAAUUUGAUUAAUCUCUUCAAGAAAGUCUUAAAUUAUUGUAUUAAAAAAGAAAAGAAACAAUUGAAUUUGAACACUUCAAAUAAGUAGAAGGAAUUCUUAAAGUAGAGCAUCCAACUAAUUCUUAAUAGAUGGCUUUAAAAAAAGUAGGAUAACAUAUGCUCUUUUAUAAAGAUUAAUCAAAUUAAUGGACAUUUUAGUUAGUAGCUGAUAAUUAGGAAUAUAAGAUUUGGGAUAAAUUAAUCUAAGAUUUAAGAAAUCAAGUAAAAUAACAAACAAAUCAAUUAUCUAAAAUAUUAGAUUCAUUAUAAUAAAUAUCUAAACUAAUUGAUUAUGAAGUAAAACAAAAGAAAAUUAUAAUAAAUACAAAUAACUUAGAAGUGUAAAAUGAUGGUUUUAAUAUAUCUAAAAAAAUAAAAGCAGAAGGUCGAGAAUUAGAAGUGUAAUAAUAAGAAUAAGAUGAAUUUUUUAAGGCAGAAUAAUAACAAUCUAUUAGAUUACUUAGAAUGCUAGAAAAUAAUUCUGAUAGUGAAGAUUCAGAACCCAAGAUUAUACAUUAAAUCUAAUAAUAAAAACCUAAUCUAUAAACUUAAACUACUUAAUAAUUAUAAUCAUAAUAACCUUUAUUAUUUGCAUAACCAGACAGAAAAUAUAUACCAGUCACUGAAUAAUAUAAGGAUUCAGAUAUAUCAAAAUAAGGUUAAGUUAGAGAAAAAAGAAAAUAUGUAAAAAAAGCAGAUAAAUUAGCAAUGAUGGGUUAAAAAAGAAUAUAUAGAAGGAAAACUUAUGAUAGAUUUAAAUUUAAUACAAAUUAAUGUAUCGCAGUAUUUAAAGAGAUGUUAGAUUGA